AGAUUUUUAACGUUAAAAAAAUGCUUAUUACAAAUAACUUUAUUCAAUAUUUUCCUCAAUUAAAUAAUGGAAACCUCUCUAAAAAUUUGCCAUCAAGACAUCAAUUUGGAGAAACAACAAAGAUGGAAAUGUCGAGACUAAAAAUGCAAACACGACAAUGUUCAGAAGAAAAUUAUAAUUUAGUUGAUAGAAUUGGUGAAUCUGCACGUAACCGUUUUGGAAGGCCUUAUAUAUCCGGCCGACCAUUAUUAUUAUGCGAUCGAAAAAAGAUAAUAAGCCUUUACAAGGAAGGAAAGCGGAAAAUUUCAAUUGCUCGAGAAAUUGGGAUCACGCAUUCGUGUGUUUCUAAAGUGAUAAGAAGAUUCGAAGAGACUGGUGAUUUAGAAAAUAAAAAUUCGAGGACGGCAUCUUAUUUGCGUAUAUGCCGACAUGUACGUUUCCAUCGAAUGAGAAAAGAGCAAAUGGAAGAAAUGAUAAAUAACAAAAAAGAACAAAAAGAAAAUCAACAAAAACAACAAUAUUAUCAACAAAUAGUUCAUUUACAAAAGCAAUUCUUGCAACAACAACAACAAACAAUUAGACAAACAAAAAUAAAAGAAAAUUGUGAAAAACAACAAAAAAUAACUGAAUUGAAAAAAUUUAGCAUAGAUUGGUAA